AUGGGCUUCAUCAAAAUAAGUUUAGAUACCGGUUUUUGCGUAGGCUUUUAUGUGUUCUGCUUAUGUUAUUCAUUUUAUAAAGUGUUCACUAUUAGUAACGAUGGCUUGCAGAACUUUUACUACCUUGAGGAAGGUUGGUCGGUUUUCAAAGAUCGUCGUCGAGAUGAUUACGACUGGGAAUGGGAAAUUUACAAAAAGUACGCAAUUGAUAAUGCAAUCAUUUUUGUGAUUCAUUCAGCGUUUUUUGAGGCUGUACGCAUUUUACGCAUAAAACACAUUUCUUUGAUGAUUUUCGGAUUUGGUUGUGCAGCUAUUCUAUAUAUCUACGGUGUAAAAGUCCUGCUUAUUUUGAUGCUGCAAAACAUAACAUUCUUUACAAUUAGUUGCUGGAGUGGGAAAGUCAGCUUUAUAUGGAUCAAAGCGUUUUUGUGGAUUGCUGUCAUCAACAGUGUUAAAAUACUUUACUUUUAUGAUCAACUCAACAUUCUGCUUGAUAUCGACAACGAUAGGUUGUUAGAAUUUAGUAUAAUUAUCUCAUGGAAUGUAAUCAAAUGUACGUGCUUUUGCUUGGAUAAGACAUCAGCAAAAAGCAAAGGCGAAUGCUAUCGAUUGGUUGACCUUCUUGCAUACUCGUUCUAUUUCCCACUUUUGUUAUUUGGACCGGUAAUUAUUUACAAUAGAUUCAAAGAAUGCCAAAAAGUCAGAUGCAAACUCGAAAAUCAAAAUACAACAAUUCGUCUGAAGAAGUUAUUUUGUCAGCUCACGACCUGUAUAUUUUGGGCGCUAAUGAUGGAAAUCGGCCAGCAUUUUUUCUAUAUAAACAUUAUUCAGUUAGAUCUAAUGCUUCUACAAAGUACGAAUCUUUGGGUUUUAUAUGGAUUAGGCUAUCUUAUGGGUCAAUUUUUCUACAUAAAAUAUGUAAUAUUCUAUGGAAUUGGAAUUGCAUUUGGAAUAUUCGAUGGACUCGAAAUGCCACAGAAACCUAUCUGUAUUGGAAGGGUCCAUUUGUACUCUGACAUGUGGAAAUUCUUCGAUCGUGGGUUAUACGAGUUUUUGUUCAAAUACAUCUACACAGAGCUUUGUACAAAAACUUCUUCUAAUGCAAGGAAAAUAUUGGCUAGUUCCGUUACAUUUGUGUUCAUAUAUGUUUGGCACGGUUUAUAUACGUUUGUAAUGAUUUGGUCCGCUUUAAAUUGGAUUUGUGUUGUACUGGAAGGUUUUGUGAAGAGUAUUUUUGGUACCAAUACUCGCUUAGGAGCGUUCGUAGGGACACAUGUUUUUAUUUUGUCAGUGCUGUCCAAUUUCUUCUUUUUUGCCCGAGAGGACGUUGGUUACAUUUAUAUCAGAAGAACUUACUAUGAAAGCAUAAGCAACUAUGUUGUACUUUACAUAGUAGCGUAUUGUUUCUAUCGGACAGGAGAAUGGAUUAAAUCCAUUGAGGGUAGUAGGAAAAGUGUGUUCAAAAAAAUUUUCUAAUACAAUAAUUUAUUGUAAGU